AUGGAAGAAAUAGUUGUCCCAUUGAAAAUAAAUGUUGUUGGAAAUGCUGGAGUGGGUAAAACGUCAAUCAUUGAGCGCUUUGUAAACAACAAAAUUCACGACCAAAAUGUCAAUUCAAUUUUUUGCGCCUUAAAUAUGAAACAGAUUGUUUACAAUAAAAAAGAAAUCAAAGUUGUGUUGUGGGAUGUAGGUAGACAAGCGCAAAAUUAUGAUUUGAUAUUCAGAAAUACACAAAUUUGUCUUGUUGUGUUUGAUCCACACGAUCCAAAGUCGUUUGAAGAUGUCAAUACGUGGAUUGAAACAGUGAGACAAACGACUGCUAAUGGCGUCAUUUAUGUUGUUGUAUGCAACAAAAUUGAUUUAGCCAAUCCACUUAUCACACAUGAAAUGGCACAAAAUUUGUGCAACAGCGAAAAAGAAGUCACACUUAAGAUGUGUUCGGCAAAAACGGGAGAAGGAGUCAAUGAGUUGUUUGACUUUGUGAUAGGUAAUAUUUGUGAAGAUGAUGAAUUGUUUGAGCAUUUGUAUCAACAACAACUCGAAUAUCAACAGAAUGCACAACCACGGGAUUUGACAAAGGAUUACAGUGUCUGUCGAAUUCUUUGA